AUGAUACGAAAAAUUCGAACCAUUUUUUUUUUCUUUUUUUUUGCAAACAUAAAAUUAGCAAAAUUUGAAAAAUCCCUAUUUAAUUACUUAAGUGAAAUAUCUUUUUCUGAAUCGUUUGAAAACUUGUUUGAGAAAUGUCUUCAAAUACCAAAUACACUUUGCUUAGGGGGCACUACAACAGUUAUAAGUCCUCCUAGUGUUCAUAAGGGACUGAUAGCCCACUGGACUUUUGACGAUGUGUAUGCACUUGACUCUAGCUCAAACAACAAUCAUAUGCACAAACUUAUAAGACCUGCUCCCAGCUUCAAUGGUCGCGGUCAUAGCGGGGCCUUUAUAGGAGAUAUGGCGGGAUUUGUCCCUGCUGGUGAUGCACUAAAAACGGUUCAAGUAUUCUGGAUAUACCUGCUGGAAAGGUCAACAAAUUACUUUCGUAACGUAAUUUCACAAAUAGAUAAGGGGGAGGAAAAAAUCGCAGUCCUACUGCACCCCCACAUUACUAAACUAUCAGUACGAGUAACAGGCGAAAACAAUUCGAACGAAGGACUAUCAUCUAUGGGAUAUAUCCCUCUAAGAAGGUGGACAAAUAUUGCUAUAAGAUUAAACGAAGAGGAAAUAGAAAUAUAUAUUAAUGGCGUAUAUGAUAAUUCUGUUUAUUUAAAAAAUAGAGUUACUGAAAAAGGAGGAGAUAUAAAUAUAGGUAAGAAUAAGAAUUAUUCAAGUUUUAAUGGUUAUUUAGAUGAAAUAUAUUUUUAUAAUAGAAGUCUGCACAAAUCAGAAAUCAAAUCAUUUUCUAUACCUAGUAUAACAGGUAUAUAUGACACAGAUUUUGUGUAUGUAGGUAAUUAUAGUUGUAAUUAUAUGACAGCUAAAAGUAAGGAUCUAUGUAAAGAAAAUUAUAAAUUAUGUACUUUAUUUGAUUUAUAUAAUGGUGCUAUUCAUUAUGCUAGAGUUAAUGGAAUUUUAACAGAAACAGCCAACUUGUGGACAUCCGACGAUACAGAAAACUCGUUUGAAAAAGAAGAGAAACGAAUUGCUCUCUGUUGUAAAAUAUAUGAUUAUGCUGAUUAG